AUCAGGUCAGUGAGUUUCCACCACAACCUCGUGUUCUUUGGACAAAGAAAUCACAUUUAGUUUUCAGUGCUUGGGCUUUUAUAUCACCACAAUUAACUGAUGUCUAUGUAUGCUGUGGUUGAAUUCACGGAUGGCCUAGAAGUAGAGGUCAUACCAAGUGCAUGGCUGACAGAAAACAAGAAAAAAGCUUACUGGCCAAUGUGGAGGAACAUGACAAAAGUUCAAAGCGCAAUAAAGCAGUGUUUAAAACCAGGAGCAGACUACAUGUGCUUGGAUAUCAGAGUGCUCUAUGAAUCUGACAACUUUGACAAAGCAAGAUCUAAACUUGCCAAUGCGGUUAUGACGUCAUCUCUUGAAACCACAGACGGCGAGGACGCAUCAAGAGAAGAAAAGGGCCAGAAGAGAAAGAAAAGGCCCAAUCCAAAAUACAACAAUUUAUCUUCAUCAGAGGAUGAAGAGGAUGACGACUCAACACAACUGAAAAAGUUAAGAAGGUCCCCGCGGAAAAAUAUUAAAUCCUUCCCGGAUCUUCCACCCCUUCCGGAACUACCCAUACCAGUGACUCCUCAACCAUCUCCAUCAUCAUCAUCAUCAUCAUCUUUGCCAAAGCAAAAUGAGCCAAAAAGAAGACUAAUCAGUUCACCCUCAACAGCUGCAUCACCCCGGGCAACACCUGAGGUGUCCACAAAGCCAAGAGUAUCAGCCACGGACAUCAAGAUUAUUUCUAUAAUCGAAGAUAUAAAAGGACAGGUCAGGUUUAACACCAAACUUUUGCAGAAUAUUCUGGCAAAAGUUGAGGUUGCAGCCCCCGUGGCAGAGACAGAUCAAACUUUGGACAUUGGAAUUGAUUUCCCAUUAAAGACACUCAACAACUUGGAUGCAUUGGAAGAGCAAUUAGAAGACAGUGGGAUAGUCAGAGCGUUGCUUCCAAAUCUAACAGCAAUAGGAGGAGACUCUCUUCAGUCCAGUGUGAGGCGGCUCCUCUCCUUUCUAAUGACCAAUGACCUUGCACAGCAAAUAAACUGGAAGGGAAAGGGCAAGAAAAGAGGGUUUUCAGCCCUUAAGUUGAAACCCAUUGUGCUAAAGGCUGUGAGGAAAAACAGAUUUUGUGCGCAAGCAACAGAGGCCGAUGUUGAAAAAGUGAUUAAGGACUGGCUAAGAUAUUCUGCCGACCGCGAUGGUGGACGGAAACGACGAGCAGAAAAAAAGAAAGAAAAUGCCAGAACUGAGGCCGAGGCUGAUGAAUCAGACUGAAAAACAAAGAGUCAUUAAUACUCCAUUUCAUUUACAGAUGUAUAAAUAAAGUUUAUAUUUCA